AUGACAAUCCCAAAACGUGUUGAAAUAGUCGGAUUGUCUUAUCCAUGGAUUGCAUAUGCGCUUGAAAAGGAUUCAACUCCAUUACUCUAUUAUGUCAAUCCAACAAAUGACACAACUCAGUGGGAAUUCCCAUCAACAAAAACUGAGAGAAUGCAACGAGUUUACACGGAGACGAAUCUUUCGUAUCCAUGGAUUUGUUUUGAAUCAAAGACAAGAGGGAAACUUUAUUAUGUGCAACCGAAACUUGAAAAGUCGAUUUGGAAACGUCCAACUGAUGAGGAUGCAUUGCAAAUACCCCAACCACCGCUUUCGAAAAAGGAAAAAGGAAAAACCUCUUCUAAAAGAAAAACUCCAAUUCUUGAAUCAACCUCAAAAGUGAGAAAGAAAACUGUGAAAAGGAGAGAAUUGCUUAACGGAGCUAAACGCACUUUUGACGAUCUUGUGAUGGAGGUCACUUCAAUUCCUAGUACUUCUAAAAAUGCAGAUUUGUUUUAUGAACAAGAUUUCUUGGUUGUAUGCGAUACAUGUUCUUUAUUGAAAGAGCCAGAUAUAAUUCAAUUUUUGAUUGAACAUCAAGUUGUCACUUUUAUUCCAAUUGAAGUGCAAGGUGAACUCGACUAUCGAAAGAAUGAUCCCCAGUUCAGAAAAGUAGUUUCCGCUCUCAACCGUUAUCUUCGAUCUGUUACCACAAUUACUUCCACUUUAUAUUCUCCUUUGCUCAUCUUGGAACACGCUUUGAGACGACGAGAUAAACUCAAUCUUCCAGAUAAUGACAGUAAAAUUCUUGCAAGUGCUCUUGAGUUGGCUCAAAUUGGCAAGGAGCAUGACGAGUUCAAUGUUGCUUUACUUACUGAAGACAAUAUAUUAGCUGUCCGUACUAACUCGUACUCGGAUUCUGGGGUGUCAAGUACUGGGGUUGAGUUUCUGAAGCAAACGUUGAUGGAUAAAGCAACUCGAAGCGGCUCUAGAUCAAAUCUAAAUCCAUCCAUAAACAAGGAUCUUCUUGAAAAGAUUCAAGCCAAAUUGAAAGCUUCAAUAAGCAAUUGGCCGUCAGCUUUUGAUUCUACAUCAAAAGGACAAGCACCUGCUCCAAUGAGACCAAAUCCAACGGAUGAAUAUUCAAAUCGAGUCGCAGCUUUCAAAUUUAUUAUGGAAUCGGUUGUGGAGGAGUUGAUGAAGCGAUUUUGUGACUCGCAAAGGUACGGUUACAAGGUGGAACUUGCAGCAAACAUGCAAGAUUUACGUAGAGCUUUGACGCGAUCUAUACAUCGAAAUGGGCAACAGUGUUUUAAUAAAUUUCUACAUGCUCUUGAGAGGAGUUUUCAAUGGCUUGAUGGGUCAAGCCAUGAAUUGGAAAAAAUGGGGCCUUCACCUGAACGAUGGAAAUUGUAUGGUACUUUGUGUAUGCCGAUUUGGAAUCAUCUGUUGUGCAAACAAACAAUGGCAUUUAUCCAUAAAAAGUGUCGCAACACAGAUAUUCCUUAUCUUCACAGCAAUGUCCAUCGUUUUGUAGUUCCUGAGGAUAAGAUAAAGUGGUCGACAGAAUACCCAGAGUACAAUCCUCCCGAUUACACGGCUUCAAGUGCCAUUGGAAAGCCAUACUCUGAUGACAAAUUAGAGGGCAUCAAGUGGAACAACAUUGAUGGCAAAGUAAAUCGGAUAUCACACAUUGUAAAUUAUUCAUUUGACUCAAAGGGUCGUCCUUUAAAUCCAAUGGGACGCACAGGAUUGCAAGGAAGAGGCAUCUUAGGCAGAUGGGGUCCAAAUCAUGCUGCAGAUCCAUUGGUCACAAGGUGCAAAAAUGGCAGGGUACAAUUUGUUGCUAUACAAAGACAUGAUACCGGCGAAUGGGCAAUACCAGGAGGGAUGGUGGAUGCUGGUGAGGAAAUCUCUGCGACACUUAAGAGAGAGUUUAGCGAAGAAGCGCUAGGAGGGAAAGAUCUUCGACAAUUAGAUGCUCUAUGGAAGAACAAAAAAGAAUUAUAUAGGGGCUAUGUUGAUGAUCCGCGAAACACCGACAAUGCUUGGAUGGAGACGGUUUGCGUUAACUUUCAUGACGAAACCGGGUUGUUAAAUGACGUGGAACUUGAGGCGGCUGAUGAUGCAAAGGCAGUGAAAUGGGUUGAUAUCACGACGACCGAGCCUCUAUACGCUUCACAUGUGCAGUUUAUCAACAUACUUCGACAACAUCUCAAAAUU